AAGGGAGAGAUUUACGAACUGAUAGGUGGUCGCGUUUUGUUUGGCCGAGCGACUGCGCGCAGAAGAGGGUCUUGAAGCAGCGAGUUUCCUCCUCUCUUCAAGGUUUGCUUAGUUAGUCCUUGCCAUGGCCACCAAGAGAGCAAGGACGAGUGGCAGUCUUGGGGACACGUAGCUGGAGAUUCACACCGGUCGCAAAAACAAACCAACCAUUUUUUGCGCGAUAACCUAGCAAGAAAGACAGCGUUUGGAGAUACAACGAAAAGAAGGACUUCCACACGUCUAGAUUUUGCCUUACAAUAUUAUUUAAAGUACUUAAAAAAACAAUUUAAGUCAGAAUCGAGUAAGACUUGGUAAAAACAGAACCUAAAGCGGUUUGGAAAGCUGGUCAUUUCCAUUUUUUUUUGAGGUUCUCUGUUUGUUUGCUUGGUUUGUUUUUCUUUGGAUCACGCAGCGAUGACCACCGAAACGUCUCAGCAGCAACUGGACCCUCCGCCUCCUCUCCGCUCGAGCCCAGUGUCGACGGGGUCUCUUCACGCUGCGCUCCAAAGCUCCACCACGGCGGCAGCAGCAUCUGCGGGCGGCACCAAAGCCAAAAAGUCCAACUCGGGCAUGAGGCGCCCGGAAAAGCCGCCGUACUCCUACAUCGCGCUGAUCGUGAUGGCAAUCCAAAGCUCGCCCACCAAAAGGCUAACUCUCAGCGAGAUUUAUCAGUUCCUGCAGGCGAGGUUCCCUUUCUUCAGGGGCUCCUACCAAGGCUGGAAGAACUCGGUGCGCCACAACUUGUCCUUGAACGAAUGCUUCAUCAAGCUGCCCAAGGGCCUGGGCAGACCGGGCAAGGGCCACUACUGGACCAUCGACCCCGGUAGCGAGUUCAUGUUCGAGGAGGGCUCGUUCCGACGCAGACCGCGCGGCUUCCGCAGGAAGUGCCAGGCCCUGAAGCCGGCCAUGUACCGCGUAAUGAACGGCAUCGGUUUCGGCGCUCCGGUGCUGCCCCAGAACUUCGACUUCCAAUCGCCGUCCGCCUGCCACGCCAACGGCUACGGCCUGGACGCCAUGGCCAACGGCUACGGCCUGGACGCGAUGACCAACGGAGCGCCGCAUCACGUGUCCCACGUGUCGCCCGGUCCGGGGUCCGCGUACAUGACGGCGUGCCAGGUGACUCCGGGAGGAGAGUACGGUCCAGCGGAUAGCAGCAGCAGUCCAUUGCAUUCUUCCUCGGCCGUGGCGGGGGCUCUGGAGUGCCCAACCGCGCACUGGGCUUCCACCGGCGUAUCCCCAUAUAUCAAGCAACAAUCGCUGGCGUCUAGCAGCAGCAGCAGCCCGACCUCCACCGCGCUGCACUCCGGCAUGUCGCCCUAUUCACUGGAGCAGAGCUACCUGCAUCACAGUGGCAGAGACUCGACCGAUUUAGCAGUGGGAAUACCUCGCUAUCAAACGCACUCUUCGCCAGUCUGCGACAGAAAAGACUUUGUAUUGAACUUUAAUGGCAUCGCUUCUUUUCAUCCGACUGCUGGCGGAUCGUACUACCACCACCAUCACCACCAGCUUCACCACCAGGGCGUCUGUCAGGACGUGAAACCGUGUGUCAUGUAGCUCCGACCCGGACGAGUGGAGAACGGAAGUUGGACUGAGUCCUGGAAAAGGCCCGAGUUGCAUUUCCUGACCUUUUGAAACCCUUGUUUAAUGGACACAUUUAAAAAAAGAGAGACAUCAAUUCAUGAUAGACUGAAACUACUCGUCUUUGAGUAUAAAUUAUAUACAAAAAUACGUAUGCAAACAACGUGGGCUAUAUCCACGUACAAACAUGCACUCUUUUAGGCCGGUAAGGUUUCAUCUUACAUACAGAUUAACGCUGAGAUAUAAAUGGAUAGAGAUCAACAAUUUUUAUAAAUUAAAAUAUUAAAACAAUCAUUCAAAACAGUUUGUAGCGUUUCCGUUACAAAAUAGAAUAUACACACAAUAGAUACAAUCACAUAAUAAAGUGAAAUAAGUGCAACUUUUUUGUAAUAAGCUGCGGUUUUCCAAUGUUUUAUAGGUAAAACCAUAUGUGGCUCUUUUCUAAAGGUUUAUGUUAAAUGAUACCGCUUAAAUUGUUAAGUUCAAUCUUCAAGCCAGGUCAUUUAAGUUAAAACAAAACAAAAAUAAUAGGUUGUGUAAUUAAAUAAUGAACAAAAAUCAGAUUUUUUUUUACAACAAUGUAGUCAUUUGUUUCCGUGUAACCGUAGUUUGUGGUUUAUGGAAGCUGUUGCAAUUAAAAAAAAUCUCCAAUAGAUCUCAAUCACAAAUUCCGAAGAAACGUACCUGCAGAUUCAACCAAGCUAUAAAUACAACACCAGCCUAUACGGAAAAAAAACCUUGCUCGUCACAAGCCAACACAAUGAGCCUAUUUAAAUGUAUGCAACCCAACUAAAAGAGUUCAGUAACAAAACGCUUUUGUGGAAAUCAAGUUUUUUUUCCUAUUGAUAAUCAUUUGCCAAAGAAACAUACAGGGUAUGACUGGGUAUAUACUUUUGUGUUUUUUUUUUGUUUGUUUGAUUGUUUUUGCAAAUGUAAGUCUCAGAAAUGCAUAAUUCAGUUGUAACAUAUAAUAACUGACUGCACUUAUUUUGUUUCAACAGCGCAGUGAAGCCAGUGUAAAGCAAUGUAACCAAACAGGUGCUUUUAACACCACUGGAUAUUUUGCUGCGCCGUUGAAAAACUGCAUUUAUGUACAGUUCAAUAAAAGCUAUAUUCUCAAAGUA